CGAGGCUGGAGCCGCCGCCGCACUGACAGCUCCGUCUGUGGACCAUGGAGACUGGCGCCGGUCCACACCCGCUGCGCCUGUUCGUCUGCCUGAUGCCACUCUGUUUUGCUCUGCUUCUGGGACCCGGGCGGCCUGGGACCGCCGAGGAAGUUACCCUCCUGGACUCCAAAGCCUCUCAGGCUGAGCUGGGCUGGACUGCACUGCCAAGCACUGGGUGGGAGGAGAUUAGUGGCGUGGAUGAACAUGAUCGUCCCAUCCGCACGUACCAAGUGUGCAACGUGUUGGAGCCCAACCAGGACAACUGGCUUCAGACCGGCUGGAUCAGCCGUGGCCGUGGGCAGCGCAUCUUCGUGGAGCUGCAGUUCACGCUGCGUGACUGCAGCAGCAUACCUGGCGCCACUGGCACCUGCAAAGAGACCUUCAACGCAUACUACCUGGAAACCGAGGCCGACCUAGGCCGAGGACAUCCCCACCUAGGAGGCAACCGACCCCGCAAGAUUGACACCAUCGCAGCUGAUGAGAGCUUCACGCAGGGCGACUUGGGGGAGCGAAAGAUGAAGCUGAACACAGAGGUGCGUGAGAUUGGCCCCCUCAGCCGUCAAGGCUUUCACCUGGCCUUCCAGGACGUGGGUGCAUGCGUGGCGUUGGUCUCGGUGCGUGUCUACUACAAGCAGUGCCGCGCCACAGUGCGAGGCCUGGCAGCCUUCCCCGCCACCGCAGCUGAGAGCGCCUUCUCCACGCUGGUGGAAGUGGCUGGAACGUGCGUGGCCCACUCGGAAGGGGAGCCCAGCAGCCCUCCCCGCAUGCACUGUGGCGCGGAUGGCGAGUGGCUGGUGCCUGUGGGCCGUUGCAGCUGCAGUGCAGGAUUCCAGGAACGUGGUGACAUCUGCGAAGCCUGUCCCCCAGGGUUUUACAAGGUGUCCCCAAGGCGGCCCCUCUGCUCACCCUGCCCGGAGCACAGCUUGGCCCUGGAGAAUGCCUCUACAUUCUGUGUGUGCCAGGACACCUAUGCUCGCUCGCCCACCGACCCGCCCUCAGCUUCCUGCACUCGGCCGCCGUCCGCGCCGCGGGACCUGCAGUACAGCCUGAGCCGUUCCCCGCUGGCGCUGCGGCUGCGCUGGCUGCCGCCUGAGGACUCCGGCGGCCGCUCCGACGUCACCUACUCGCUGCUGUGCCUGCGCUGCGGGCGCGACGGUCCGGCGGGCGCGUGCCAACCCUGCGGGCCGCGCGUGGCCUUCGUCCCGCGCCAGGCUGGGCUGCGGGAACGCGCCGCCACGCUCCUGCACCUGCGGCCGGGCGCGCGCUACACCGUGCGCGUGGCCGCGCUCAACGGCGUCUCGGGCCCGGCGGCUGCCGCGGGAGCCACUUAUGCGCAGGUCACCGUGUCCACCGGACCCGGGGCACCCUGGGAGGAGGAUGAAAUCCGUAGGGACCGCGUGGAGCCCCAGAGCGUGUCGCUGUCGUGGAGAGAGCCUGUCCCUGCUGGAGCUCCCGGAACCAACAGGACUGAGUAUGAGAUCCGCUACUACGAGAAGGGUCAGAGUGAGCAGACUUACUCCACAGUGAAGACUGGGGCACCGGCUGUCACUGUCACCAACCUGAAGCCAGCUACCAGAUACGUUUUUCAGAUCCGGGCAGCCUCCCCAGGGCCUUCCUGGGAGGCCCAGAGCUUCAGCCCAAGCAUCGAAGUGCAGACCCCAGGGGAAGUUGCCCCUGGGUCCAGGGACCAGAGCCCAGCAGUGGUUGUCACCGUGGUGACCAUCUCAGCCCUCUUGGUCCUGGGCUCCGUGAUGAGUGUACUGGCCAUCUGGAGGAGGCCCUGUGAUGGCAAAGGAAGUGGCAACGCCCAUGAUGAAGAGGAACUGUAUUUCCACUUCAAAGUUCCGACACGCCGCACGUUUCUGGACCCCCAAAGCUGCGGGGACCCGUUGCAGGCUGUGCAUUUGUUUGCCAAAGAGCUAGAUGCCAAAAGCGUCACCCUGGAGAAGAGCUUGGGAGCAGGCCGAUUUGGGGACCUGUGCUGCGGCUGCCUGCAGCUGCCCGGUCGCCAGGAACUACCCGUGGCCGUGCACACUCUGAGGGAGGGUUGCUCAGACUCCCAGAGGCUCAGCUUCCUGGCUGAGGCCCUCACCCUGGGGCAGUUUGACCACAGCCACAUCGUGCGGCUGGAAGGCGUGGUCACCCGAGGGAACCCCUUGAUGAUUGUCACCGAGUACAUGAACCUCGGGGCCCUAGAUGACUUCCUCAGGCAUCACGAGGCAGAGCUGGUGACUGCGCAGCUGAUGGGUCUGCUGCCCGGGCUGGCAUCGGCCAUGAAGUAUCUGUCGGAGAUGGGCUAUGUCCACCGGGGCCUCGCAGCCCGCCGAGUGCUCCUCAGCAGUGGCCUCAUCUGUAAGAUCUCUGGCUUUGGGCGGGGUCCCCGGGACCGAGCGGAAGCUGUCUACACCACCAUGAGUGGCAGGAGCCCAGCGCUCUGGGCAGCUCCUGAGACUCUACAGUUUGGCCACUUCAGCUCCGCCAGUGACGUGUGGAGCUUUGGCAUUGUCAUGUGGGAGGUGAUGGCCUUUGGGGAGCGGCCCUACUGGGACAUGUCUGGACAAGAUGUAAUCAAGGCCGUGGAGGAUGGCUUCCGGCUGCCACCCCCCAGGAACUGUCCCUCCCAGCUGCACCGAUUGAUGCUUGAGUGCUGGCAGAAAGACCCAGGUGAGCGGCCCAGGUUCUCCCAGAUCCACAGCAUCCUGAGCAAGAUGGGGCAGGAGCCAGAACCCUCCAAGUGUGCCUUGACCACCUGUCUCAGGCCUCCCACCCCACUGGCAGACCGUGCCUUUUCUGCUUUCCCCUCCUUUGGCUCCGUGGGUGCCUGGCUGGAGGCCCUAGACUUGUGUCGCUACAAGGACAACUUCUCUGCAGCCGGCUACGGGAGCCUGGAGGCCGUGACUGAGAUGACUGCCCAGGACCUGGGGAGCCUUGGGAUCUCUUCCGCGGAGCAUCGAGAGGCCCUCCUUAGUGGGAUCAGUGCCCUGCAGACUCGAGUGCUACAACUACAGGGUCAGGGGGUGCAAGUGUGAGCCGCUCAGCCCUGCCCCAGGACCUACAAGCGACACUCCCCUAGGGUAGGAGGAGUGCUUAUUCCCAGUGGCCUCUGAGCUGGUUGGUACCACGUUGUCCCCCCAUUUCAUUUUUCCUCUCAACACCUUGCUGACCUAGUGGUCCUAAAACGAGGUUCAGAUCCCUGGAGAGGGCCCCAGACAUAACAGUAGGAAGAGGGCUAGGGUGUCAAGGGAAGGUUGGGGUGUCAAGGGUGUUGGUUGGGGAAGACAGUUUCAGUUGUCCUGGCUCAGGCCCCUUAGGCUGCCACACUCAGUGGGGGUUGGGCCUAAUCAGUGGGCAUCUCAUUUCUCCAGAGAGCUUUUGACUUGCCAGGCAAUAUGGGUCCCUGUGAGAGACCCAUUGCUUCUGACAGGGACCAUAGCUGCGUAGGCACCAGAGUAUGGGAGCCUGAGCCAGCGGGUGGUGCCCCUUACAUCCUGUGCCUUGGCUAGGUCUAGCUGCACACUGGUGACAAGGCCCUAGCAGGCAAGUGGUGCUGAGCUCAGGGACUGGGCCCCCAGGUGGAGACUCCAGAGCUGAUGGCUUCCUGCCUUGGGGUUGGCAGUUCAGGAUGAGGGCCAGGCUCCUAGUAGGCCAUUCAAAGUCCUGGUGCUCGCCCUGGGCCGAUGUCUGAUUUGAUUGGAAGUGAUUUCAGAAGAGCACAGUGGGCUUACUCUGCAUUCUGGAGGGUGGAAAGGAGAAUGAGACUGAGGGAGUGGAUAGGCUGGUCCAAUCACACUAUAUACUUGGGGAAGUCAGAGCCCGUAUAGUCUCAGAGCCAGGGUUAAUGCCAGACUGAAAUCCAGGGAGAAGUCUGGCCCUGGAGAGAGCUUGCCCUGCCCCAUGGCACCAGCAUUCUUCCCUGGGCGGCACAGUGAAUGGUCCCUGGGUUGAACCCCUUCAGGCCGCUCUGUCCCUCUACACUAGAGUACAGUUCCCCUCCAGAGUGCCUCCCUGUGUGCUGUUCAGAGCUCUUGAAGGUGCUAAGCAAGGACCCUGGCAGCUGUUGAGACCUUGAGACCAAAGCUAUCCCAGAGGGCAGAAAGGCAUG